AUGCAGCCUGUAGCGGCGCAUGUCAUGGGUGAUCUGGACUCUUGUGGACGGAUGAUAGCAUACUCCUCGCCAGCUUGCUCCGAAUGGACGUCAGAUCAUAUCGACCGCCUAUCGAUUAUGUUCGCCGAGAACGUCCCUCCUGAUCGGUACACUGCAGCAGAGGUUCAGAAUUACCACUUGCAAUCCAGGAGUCGUCCUUUCGAAGCAGUCGACAAUGUUCCUCGCUGGGUAGACAAACCGCAAGCGCCUUUCGAUAUCGACUUCGCAGCACCACUUUCGACAUUCCGGAUCGCAGGCCUGUACGCGAUUCAUGGUGGAGCGUACAAUAUACCCGUCAGCGCUGUCAUCUUUUCAUGGCCCAGAGCGGAAGACGCGAGAACAGGCGAGGCGAUUGAGCUCCGGGCGCUUCUUCUCCAGGGUGCCUCAAACGGCAGCAAGGAAGGAUAUUGGGACACUGGCCCAGGCGGUUGCGUUUAA